CCGACAUUUGCCCGGUUGACCAUUAUGUAUUAAAACUUGGCAAGGAUCCGGACACGAUAAUGAAAAUAUACUUGCAUUUUCUAUUUGCUUUAUUCGUAUCAUGUCGAGCAAAUGGAGUGUUCAAGGGGAGAGGAGAUUCGCUGUUCACAAACGACCCUCGAUUAAAUAGAAGAAAUAAUGCAGGUCCUAUAAGGCUUGAUAAAACAUAUGCCGAGACUGAUUUGAGACAACCCCGAAGAGCUUUUCUUGGACAAGAUGGCUCUCUUACCGGUGAAGGCUAUAAUGGACAACCUAACAAACUCUACAUGACUGACCUUGAUCAAGCUUAUAGAUCGCGAAGAUAUCAAUACCCAACAAUAUUUUCUAAAUUUGGAUAUGAUAGUAAUAUGAAUGAUCCACCAUAUGCGGAUGCUACAAGGCAUAAGACUGUUUCAAGUCAAGACGAAUUACAACUUUUAGACAAAAUUAAGCACGCUGAAACCUUGCCACCCGUAAAUUGGAUUUCUUCAGAUCAUAAAUAUUACGAUGAAGCUAAUAAGAAUAUAUAUGGGUCUGAACCUCCUAAAGAUGGACAAAGUGGUCUUAAUAUUGAGAACACAAAUUUAGAUUAUAAUAUGCUGGCCUCAGAAUUCGAAAAUUUCGGUGAUACUGAUGUUACAAACGUUUCAAAUAAUGAUUUAACGAAUAGCGUUUUAUCAGAUGUUUUCAAUGACAACAAUAAUACUAAAGACACACAAGUUUCUAGUCGUGGGGCUGAUAACGCUGAGCCCUUGUUUACCUCCGUAGGCAAUAUCGAAGAAAGCACUGCGAACGACUACGUUUCUCCGACUAUGCAAACUGCUAGCAAAAGUGGGGGAUAUUUUGGUUUUGACGGUAAGGGCCUAUGUGACACCGUCGCUAGCUGUAAACGUCCCCCGAAAAAAAUCAUAACUGUAAUAUCGUCUUGUGAUGCGUGUAAAGUUCCGGAAUCGACUACACCUAAACCCAUUGUUUGUGGAAUGUGUGUAAAGCCACGACCGACACCACGACCGACACCACCACCGCCUCCCCCACCACCGCCGCCACCUCCACGACCACCUAGACCAUGUUAUGAUUGCAUGAUGCCUAAACCUAAACCAGUAUGUAACUGCCAACCAUGUUGUAACUGUGGUUGUAGCAGAGGCUGCAACUGUGGUUGUAACAACGGUAUGAAAAAUAAUGACGACCACUAUUUUGGUUUCGGUAAUGGAUUGGGCAAUUCAGGCAUUGGCGCUACAGCCACAAGCGGUACCUAUAGUACUGCCGGUGCUGGCGGUGCUUUUAAUGAAGGCACUGCCAAUACUGGGUUAAAUCCCGUUGGCUACUUAAGCGGUUUAGGCAAUAGUGGGAUGUUUCCUCCAAACCCAAUUCUUGGCCCAACAGCCGACCUUUUCGGUAAAUAACUUAAUCUCUAAUUAAUCUCUAACUAAUAA